ACGAAUCAAGGUAAAAAAGUUGAUGUCCCCUGGGGGCAUCAAGUAUGGCAGUGUGUCCAAACUUCGCGCGUGUCCAUACUUCGCGGACGGUCCUUAUCUCAAAAACUAGCCAAUAUCCUUAAAAUCUGACAUCAUCAACGUGAAAAGCGACCUACAAUUACCGUUUAAUGAAAAUUUCUUUAGGAUGAGUUCAGUAUUCAUGAAAAUAUUGGCAAAAGAUCGGCAAAUUUGCCACCGCUAGCGCCCGUUUUGAAGAAAUCACAAGCAUCACGAUAUCACCAUUUUGCAAGCAGAAGUCAUCAAAAAUGUGAGUUAAAUGUGGUACUAACCGAUUCCAUAGCAUUUUGCCAUCAAUCUGAUUUAAUUUUUCACUUUUUGAACUUGAGUUUUUGUUUAAAUCUCCACAAAAGCUUUGGUGCGCGAAGUUAGGUCACACUUUUCAGAACGGUUUUCCAGCACAGCCCGCAUUCGCCGAUCGGAAUAGAAUUUUGAGAUCGCGAUACCGGCGAAACCCCUUGACCUACUUUACAUUUUCGUCCAUGAUUUUAUAGUUUACGAUCUUGCCGUCAAUGUGGUAACUAUUUCUUUAAUUGGUUUUGUAUAAAUUAUGAAUAUUUUGUGAACAAAAUUAAGCCUGAUGAAUAUUUUUGAAAAGUGCGCGAAGUUUGGACACCCCAUCAUACAAUUAUGCCCAAAUGUUGACAUAUUUUAAUAAAAAAUAUUAUUUGUGAUAUAAAGAUUUUGACACAAUUUUCAGAGAAUAAUAUAUGUCAAAAGGGGAUUGUGUGCAAACAGAUAACCCCCAUGCCUAAGGUAGUGCAAGAUGUUCUCGCAUUAGAUAAAAAAAAAUCACGGUCCAUGUUUACAAUCAAAAAGUAAAAUGUUGUUUAAAUGUGGAACCAAACGGCGGCUCUCCUAUUGUUUCGGCAAAAAUUUGAACCAGUCACUUGGAUCUGGCGGGCCCUAUCGACUAGCCCUUUUGUACUGGCGGUACUAAUCAGCUAGCCGUUUUGGACCGCCGGUACCCGGGCCAAUUCUGCUAUGACACCGGCCUAGUCUGCUGCUCUGAGCUGCAUGUGCAAACUGAAUGGCUCGUGAUAUGAUAUCGAGGUGGUAUCUCCGCUGCUUGUCACUGGCACUGAAAUCUUCAAAUUCAAAAUGCUUGAAGCGGGAGGAUCUGAGAUUGAGAUGGAUAUUGUCAUGCCUGCCAUUGAUGCGGAGCGACCAAAUGGAGUGAAAAAGGUGAAGACGUACGCCUGUCCAACAUGUGGAAAAACAUUUUCAUUUUCAUGCAAUCUGUUCCGACAUGAAAAAAACAUUCACAAGAAGUUUGUGAACUGCCAGGUUCCUGGUUGCCUUUUCAAGUGCAGCAGCAAACGAAAGUUGAUUGGGCACAUGGAAUUAUUGCAUUUUAAAACUCUGGAAAAGGAGACAUUGACAUUUGCAAAUCUGGAGGAGUUCUAUAAGUGGAAACUUAGGGAAGAAGUCCAGAACUUUGUGUGCUUCACCAAGAAAAGAGGCGACAUUAAAAUGGCACGUUCUACCCAUAGACACUAUGUCUGUGCUCUCUCAAGAAGACUUGGAUUUCAGAAAAAUACAGACGGUAAGAAGGAGGUGUACUGCCCAGCUCGAUUACUUUUGAAAGAGUCUCAUGGUAAUGGAACUGUAGAGGUCACUUAUUAUAAAUCGCAUUCCCAUCCUUUAUCCUACUCUGGGUCAAAGAAUCUUCCCAUGCCAGAGACCCUCCGUCACGAAAUCAAAGAGAGGUUGAAAGCUGGUAUGAACCCUGAUAACAUUAUCUCCGAACUCCGGAAGAUGCACAAAUCCGAGCUUGCAGUAGCAAUUGGGAUAUACAAUCGUCUGCAGUCUGUAACAGCAUCUCACAUAUCCAAAAUACAGCGUAUGAUGAUCAAGAAGGGCAUGUUGGAAGAGGCAAUCCCCCAAAACAAGCCUGGAGAGAUGGGAGUACUGAGGAUGAUGGCAGAGGCAGACAAGGAAGGUGCAAGUCUCGUCGACGACAUCAAACAAAUGAAUGAUGGAUUUGUUGUCUUUGAUUGCGUGGUACAGGAGCAGAUGGAUGUUGUAAAUCUUCCUGAAGAAUCAACUACUAUUCCUGGUGCAAACAUCCUCAUUCCUGAUCCUGUGCUCCCAAAACCUAAAACGAAGCGGAAAAAGGUCAGACGGGGGAAGAAUCCACCAGAUGUAAUAACUCCGUUCAUUGUGAAUCCAGAAGGUACUCAAAAGGGUGAAUUGGACAGUGUACAUGAUUCACUCGAUAAGGUCAAACUCUUACUCUCCAGUGGGCAAGUAAGAGAAACAGAUCUAACAGGUAUUCAGGAAAAUCUACAAGGUAUAAUGAAAAUCAUAAACGGCAAACAUAGGAUUAUGUAAUAAAUGAUAAUGCGAUUUCUUUCCUUUCUUGGUUUCUGUGAAACGUUUCUUUGUUUCUAAAACUUCAUAAAUUUUCCUGUGAAAUCUAUUGGACUUUUGCGUUGAACGUCAAAAUUUAUUACAAACAUUUUAAAUUUUAUCAAGGUUUGCAUUUAAAGAUAACGACCAUUAUUCAGUCGACUUUGAUGUGCUGUCAUAAAUGAAGUAGCAAAAGUUAGUACUUUGGGUCUUUCAACAUUUUUGUCUCACCUGGAAGCGAGAUGUGCAUGUAUGUGCAACUUUUUCGGAAGUGGCAUUGUCAGCACCGCAUAACUAUCAAAGAAAGCAUCUGAAACGUACUCAUAUCUCCAAACUUAAAAUUACAAGGACCUACCACAUCAAACUUGGAUGACAUGUAAGGGUGAUCAAGUAUUGGAAAAUAGGUGUACCGUACAUGAAAUUUCAGGUCACUGCGUCUAAGUCAAAGGUCAUUUGGGGGUUACUAAACUGAUAUUACCUUAAAAAACCUAACCCAAGGCUAUGAUUCUUAAUUUUUAAGAUAAUGUUGAAAUGAUAUUAAUCUAGGCUGGUCAAGCAAAGUACAUGUAUAUCAGAAAAUAUACACUUUUCAAUCUUAAUUCCAUAAUUAUUUCACAAUUAAGUGUACAGUUUAUAUUUACAGUUUGAUGGUCUGAUAUCAAUCUUGAUAUACACGUACAUGUAUCAUUGACUCAAGUUUUUAUCUUUGUUUAGGGGCAAAUAAAUGCUCAUGCUUAUUGUCGUAAAAUCAUAAUUGGCUCAUAUCAUUCACAUUAUCAAGCCACAUUUCAAUUUGAGCAUUUAGCCUGACUCCCAACUCAAAUAUCUAAUUGUUUUUCAAUAUCUGACUAUUAAUUUGUUUUCGAUACUUGGGGAAAGUAAUCAUGCAAGUAGGCCAACAUAUAUCAUGUGACUUCAAAUUAAUGCAGUGUCAGAUAAAUACAAUUGUAGCUGUGUAUGAUUUAAAGUCAGUUUAAGCAUAACAUGUUUAUACAGUAUGUAGCACAGCUGCAGGCCUGCAGCUGUCCUGUUCAGAGCUAUAAAACAAUUUUCACAACUGAAUAUUAAUUAAAAAAUAUUUGUAUACAUCGUAGAACCAUAAAUGAAUACAUGUGGGCAUGUUGAUUUAUUAAAUUAUGAAAGGUUUUGAAAAUUUUGGAAGUGAAGUGUUGAAAAUAAUUUGAGAAAUGACAAAAUUGCAGAUGCAUGAAAUAUUCCCAGUUUAGAUUGAGAAUCCAUAGUUCUUUUUAUUGCUUUGACAAAGUGAACAAAGGAGAAUGUAUCUAACUUCGAAUUGACUUGAUUAAGAGUAACAUAAUAUGUACCGUAAAAUAAGAAAGUUAUGUCAUUUUUGUCUCGCCUGCAUAGUAGUGGGAGACUAUAGGUGUCGCUUUUCCGACGGCGGCAUCGUCAACAUUGAAAUCUUAACCAAGGUUAAGUUUUUGAAAUGUCCUCAUAACCUAGAAAUUAUAUGGAACUAAUUCAUGAAACUUGGACAUAAGGGUAAUCAAGUAUUACUAAAUAUCCUGCCUGAGUUUCAGGUCACAUGACUAAGGUCAACGGUCAUUUAGGGUCAAUGAACUUGGACCAUGUUGGGGGAAUCAAUAUCGAAGUCUUAACCAAGGUUAAGUUUUUAAAAUGUUGUCAUAACUUGGAAAGUAUAUGAACCUAGUUCAUGAAACUUAGACAUAAGGGUAAUAGUGUAUCACUUAACAUCCUACCCGUGUUUCAGGUCACAUUACCAAGGUCAAAGGUCACUUAGGGUCAACAAACUUUGACCAUUUUGGGGGUAUUUGUGGAAUUGUCAUAACUUUUAAAAUAUAUGGAUCUAGUUCAUGAAACUUAGACAUGAGAGCAAUUAAGUAUUCCUGAAAAUCCUUUGCAAAUUUCAGGUCACAUGAUCAAGGUCAAAGGUCAUUCAGGGUCAACAAACUUUGAUAAUGCUGGGGGUAAUUGUGGAAUUGCCAUCAUAACUUUAAAAGUUAUAGAGCUACUUCAUGAAACUUGGACAUAAAUAGUAUGCAUCCCUGAAUAUCAUGUGCGCGUUUCAGGUCACAUGACCGAGAUCAAAGGUCAUUUAAGGUCAAUGAACUGUGGCCGUUUUGGGGGUAUUUGUUGAAUUGACAUUAUAAUUUAGAAAGUUUAUGGAUCUACACAUGUAGUUCAUGAAACAUAAGGGUAAUCAAGUACCCGGUAUGUUUUGCACAUGUCUUAGGUCACAUGAUCAUGGUCAAAGGUCAUGUUGGGUCAAUGGAUAUAGUAUUUUAUUAUCAUAUUAGUGUUUUCUUUUGUGAAUAAUUAUUCAAUAGCUGUUUUCAAAGUCGGCAUUGCUGCUAUAUCGAAUCGCGUAAUGCAGGCGAGACUGCCAGAGGCGUUCCACUUGUUAAUUUUAUAAUUAUUUUCUUCAUUCUUAAAUGAACUAUAUAUGCAUUGUGCUAAAUGAUUUUAAUAUAGAUGAAAAAGCUUAUUUUGUUACACUGUCACAGUCACUAUUCUUGUUCUCGUAGAAUAUGCAGUGUUGUAAAUUGAUUAUUUGGACAGUGAAGAAGAUCCCCAGUAAUAAAUCACAAUCAUAGAUUGAAAUGUAUUUGAAACAAUGAAA